AUGGCUGAGGUAUGUAAGUUCCUGUCCACUUUCCCAUCGGCGGUGACUCAUAAGGUAAAACUCUAAUUCAUUAGGUAGGUUUAAUCCCUUUAAUUUACUUAUUUGAAUUUAGA